CCAGAUCCUGAGUGGGCAUAAUGUCCUUUUGAGAGAGAAGUGUUGAUAGGACACAGAUGUAGAUCUGGGGAUUGGUUUUGGUGCCUAAUUGGUUGGAUUUUCAGAUUUGUUUAUGUCUCAUGAAGGUUUUUAUUGAUCCGGUUUUUAAUAUCUUGGCUUGUACCACCAUCGUGACCUGGAGUCAGGUUUCUGCACGUGCAUAUGAGAGGUGGUCAAGGUCUUCAAUGGUCGAACAGAGGGUCCUUUAAAUCUUCUUGCCUUGAACAGUUUCCAGGGUUAUCUGGGAGUUUUUCCUGAUCCGAUGUGAGGUCCUGGGACAGGGAUGUCUAUGUGUACAGAUUGUAAAGCCCUCUGAGGCAAAUGUGUAAUCUGUGAGAAUGGGCUAUCCACAAUAAACUGAAUUGAAUUGAACAGUUGAGAUUGAACAAAAGUGAUGACAUCACACAUCCACAGCGGACAACACAUGUCUUACAAGAAAGCUUCUUCUUCAAAGUACAGAAACAACCUAUAUGAACUGAGGGUGAGGCUCAGUCAAUGCAGGAUGCUGUUGCUUCUUAUGGGGCAACAAGACACAUAAUACCAAUGGUGGAAGAAACACACAUUUACUUAAUAUGAAUAUAAGUUAUAACAAUACAUAAUAUAUACAUACAAAAGUAUCAGUUUAUUAGUUAUUGAGAGUAAGAGAGCUGGUUCUUCAUUAGUUCACAGAAAAGAAGUAUUCAAAGUGUGUCGGUAGUUAUUGUAACGAGCACAUCUGGUGCUCGGUGUUAAUGUGUAACUGAGCCACGCACUGAGGGCUGUUGCCCCCUCAGCGGUGACACUUCCCAUUCCAGUCCUCCAGCUCAGGGCUGCCGGUCUCCGCGGCGCUGCCAUGGACUCCACCAACACAACUCCACCGCAACGCGACUGUACGUGCGCAUGUGACGUGCGCCGGCCGGAGUGAGCGGAGCUGCACCGGACCGCGGCGGGAAAGUUGGGACGACGGGACCGAGAGCCGCUCACCGGCGCUGUGCUUAGAGUCCGGUUUGGGGUUUGGUCACCUGCUGGCUUAAGAGUGCGUCAACGAGAAGUUGCAUCACCAUGGAAACGGUCAUCAGCAGCCCUGGUGAGCACAACCAGUCCACGACGUUCAUCUCAGUAUUCAACUCCAGCUGUCGCUUUGACGAGGAGUUCAAGUACAUCCUGCUACCCGUGUCGUACAGUCUGGUGUUCGUGGUCGGCUUCGUGCUCAACGCCACCGCGCUGUGGUUAUUCUUAAAGAUGCGCCCGUGGAACCCCAGCACCAUCUUCAUGUUCCACCUCGCCCUGUCCGACUUCCUGUACGUGCUCUCCCUGCCCACCCUCAUCUUCUACUACGCCAACCGCAGUCACUGGCCUUUCGGAGUGGCCGCCUGCAAAAUAGUGCGCUUCCUCUUCUAUGUCAACCUCUACUGCAGCAUCCUCUUUCUCACCUGCAUUAGCGUGCACCGCUAUCUGGGCAUCUGCCACCCAAUCAAGGCGCUGACCAUGGUGAAGCCCCGCCACGCCCACCUGGUGUGCGGCAUGGUGUGGGCUGUGGUGAGCGUGUGCCUGGUGCCCAACCUCAUCUUCGUCACCACCUCCAGGAGGGACAACGACACCCUGUGCCAUGACACAACCAGCCAGGAGGCCUUUGAGGAGUACGUGGACUACAGCUCUGUCAUCAUGGUGCUCCUAUUUGGCGUCCCGUUCCUGGUCAUUGUGGUGUGCUAUUGCUUGAUGGCGCGGACCCUGUGCCGACCCAGGGGGGGGCUGUCUGCCGGCCAGCAGGGCGCCGCCUCGCGUCAGAAGUCCAUCAAGCUCAUCAUCGUGGUGUUGGUGGUGUUUGCUGUGAGCUUCGUCCCAUUUCAUAUCACCCGGACGCUCUACUACACCUCCCGUGUGUUGGAUCUGAACUAUCACUACCGGUCCAAAAUGAUGUCUGUUCUGACGGGGAAAAGGCCGACGACAAGCAGCCAAAGACCUCAACGGGCGCGGACACAGCCGAGCAACCACCAUGACAUCGCGCUGGUCUCUAAGAACCCAGCCAGUGAAGAUUUUAAGAGAUAGUGGGAAAUCUAUUGCAGAGUUCAAAAGUAAUUAACAUGUAUUAAAGAUGUCUGCUCCAGGCUAAGCUACCAGUUAUAAACGCACAUUCACCUGUAAUUGUAUUUGGUUUUGCACUCAGAGCAUGUUUUGAAGAAAUUAUUUUAAUUACAUGUGUUCAACAGGUAUAAAGACCGUGUUUUAAUUCCCCUCACUUUCUUGAGAAUCCUAAAUUUGUAAAAUAAAAAGGGGAAGAUCACAAAUUGUACAUUACACCAAACUUAAGUCAAAAUAGAAAGUAUAUAAACUGAUGUAUACUGUUCUCCUUUGGUGCCGAUGCAGAAGAAUAGUUUUGCUUUCAAAGUAUUGCAACAGAAUCUGAGCCUCUUGGGUAAAUGAGUUUGACGCUGGCGGUCAAUGGUGCAUCAAAUAAUCCAUAGAAUAUUUAGUCAGUGGAUUGUUGUCAUCGAUCAGAUCAUUGAUCCAAAUAUUCCAGUUCAUAACCGAUCAAAGAUGGCAAACAGCUAGCUAUUGGGUCAGAAAUGAGGCAAUUAUGAGGCAAAUCCUUCCUGUCUGCAGAUAGCCAUGUGCAGCUGUUUUUGUCCUUCAACUUUCACAGCUGUCUUUUGCUCGGCUGUGAUAGAGAAAAGCAAAGCAGCUGCUCUGGACAAGAGAGAUAUUGUCAAACCACCCACGCCUCAGACUUUUUCCGUAUUACCCUUUUACCUUUGGGAUUGAUACUUGGAACGCAAAACACCUUUUUCUAACAGAAAUGUAGGUUAACCUCCUGGAUGGUUUGGCCAAAUGUGAAAGCAGUGUUGGAAAGUUUGACUAAAAACUACAGAGCAUCCGUCCCUCCACCCUCCAAUGCUGGAGCCGAUGGAUUCACAAAGCUCUGUGUGUGAUAUUAAGUACGAACACGAAGAUGUUUUUGUAUCAUAAAGUGUUACAUCAUAA